CCUUUCCUGAUAGAACCUAAUCAUAGCUAAUCCUAUUAUUUUAGCUUCAGUAUCGCUAAUCCUACCAUUCCUCCAAGUACCUGUCCUCUAGCCAGGUCUUCAAUCUCUGAGAUGAUUGCCUAUGCCUAAACAGCUAAGACGUGCGUUUUGAGCUGAAGGAUGUUUAGUUGGGUGGUGAAAGUUGUCCCUCAACCUCCAGAGAAGCCUGUAAAGCCGGAAGAGGAAGUCAAAGGCAAUACACAACAAACAUUAGAACCAUCAGUUAAGGAGCAAAAGGUUCAAAAAGAAGCCAAUCCUGCUAAGCUGAAAGAGGAUAAAGUUUCAGAAGAAAUCAGUACUCAGGGUGGUGUAUUGACCUGGAUUUCUCAGGGUUUGACCAGUGCUCUCCCUCAGCCUGCAACUACACCUCAAACGGACAAGGCAGAGAGUGAUGCCAAGCAACAAGAGGAAAACAGCACCAGUAAAGCAAAUGAAGAGACAGGGGUGAUAACCUGGAUUGUGCAGGGAUUAGGCAAAGUGGUUCCACAACCUGAUGACAAGCACAAACAGCAGACUGAAUCCCAGGUGACUGAGGUUCCAAAAGUAGUGCCAGAGGUGAAGGUAGAGCCCACCGUACAGGAGGUUAAAGAGGUUAAAGAAAUUAAAGUGGAACCUGAGCCUCCACCUAAAGCCCCUGUGGUGGAGGUGGUUCCUGAUGCAGAACCUGAAGGAGACCAGUCCUUAACUCCCAAGGUAAUGGAGUGGAUAAAGCAAGGAUUUGAGAAGGUGGUUCCUCAGCCUGGACACUCUCCAUCUGUUACAGAUUCUUCAGAAAAAAAGGAACCUACUACAGAUACUGCACCUCUGAUUUCAAAGGCACCUGAACUCUCAGCAGCUGAGGAAACAACCAAGAGCACAAAUGUGGAGGGGGAAGCCAAUGUGGUUGGCUGGAUUGUACAGGGACUCGGUCGCAUUAUGCCACAGCCUGUUGUGAAACCAAAAGAGGAUACUUCAGAUACAGUUCAAAACAUCUAUAUCCUGCAAGAGGACUGUGUGCAAGAGGAGAACCUAGUAGUGGAGCAAAACCUGGUGCUGGAGAAGGACAUGGUGCUGGAGGAGGUUGACUCAGACUGGGAACAGCAGCAAGUCAAGCAGGGUGGUUUGCUUGUUGAGAAGCUGGAGAUACAGGAUGAAACUCAGAUGGAGGAUCAGAUUUGCUCUCCACUGGAGGUUCUACAUAACACCACACCUUAUAUCUUGCUCACACAGCAGGAAGAUGCUGAGACACAAACAGAGCGCUGGACACCUUUAAUAGAAAACAUAAGACACGAGGCUGAGGAAGCAGCUUUGGUCGCCAUGCAAGAGAGACUGGUGCGUGAGCAUCUGGAGGCGGCGAGGAUGGCGGAGGAGUUGGCACGCCAGGCUGCUGAAUUGGCAGUGAGACAGCUGGAAGAGGAACACACUGUAAUCAGAAUCACAGAGUCAGAACGUCUGUCUGAACAAGACAACGGAGAGCAGCUCUUCAACAUCCAGGAGGAAGAGAAUGAAGAUGACCCAGAGUUACAGCCCCUGCGUGAGGAGAGCGAGGAAGACAGUGGGGAGAGUAAAAAUGCUGAAGCAGACAUUAAGAGGUGUCUUGUGGAUGUUUGCCUAGUUGAGGAUCUUCAAACACAUAAAACUGAGAUUAAAGAGCAGAUGCCACAAAAGGAGGCGUCACCAGAGCCACCUCCUGCAAGUCAACCGGAGAUAGUACACACUCCACCACUAAAGACAACUGUCCAACCAAAGCCUGAUGGAGAAGAUCAAGCAAGAGCAAAUACCCCUUCACCUAUAGAGUCAUCAUCUGUUAAGAGCCCUCCACUUGUAAUGUCUCCAGAUGUAAUCAAUCAGCCUGAAACGGCUUCUUCAGGUCCAUCUCCUCCAGCUAUAAUACAGGAACCUAAGGAGCUUAAAGAAGAAUGUGGAGAAUGUCCGCACGUGAAUGUUGAGGAAGUAGAGGAUGCAUCUAUUCCUACUGUACCUCAAAUUGUUGAACCCCAGGAGUCAAACGCUGUUACCCUAACUGUUCCUGUUCCUGUGAUGGCUAUUCAGAGCAAAGCAGUGCACAUUGAGAAGGUUCUCCAGACGGAAGAACAAAUUGAAGGGGAUGAAAUGGAGAAAGAGGAAACUCUGACCCCCAGGCGUGGCCUCCUCACUGUGGAGGAAGAAGACUCCGAGCGUCCUUUCUCUUCAGCCAGUCAGACAAGUGUUGUGGUAAAUGAACGUCUGCAGGUGCUGAUCAGGCUGUUUAAGGAACGAACAGAACGAGCUAAAGAGAGGCUGAUUGACCCCGACGAGUCUGAAGAAGAGAGUCCCUCAGCAACACCUUCCAAAAAGGCUGCUGCUGCCCCUCCACCUCCACCACCUCCUCCCGAUGAGGAGAAAAAAGAUGUUCCUGCUGGUGAUGAGAUUGAAGAAGAGCAGUUCCUGGAGUUCAUGGGCUACCAAGUCAAAGUGCCCAAAAUGCCUCAAAUGCCAGACUGGCUAAGAGCCAUCGUGGAGUAUCGUUUCCCUUCCAGCAUCGACCCUUUCACUGAUAUGAUCUAUGUGGUGUGGCUGUUUUUUGUGAUGUGCGCUUGGAACUAUAACGUGUGGUUGAUCCCAGUUCGUUGGGCAUUCCCAUAUCAAACUUCAGAGAACAUCCACCUGUGGCUGCUAGCUGAUUACUUAUGUGACGCCAUCUACAUCCUGGACAUUACGGUCUUUCAGCCUAGGCUUGAGUUCGUCCGUGGGGGAGAUAUAGUGUGUAAUAAAAAAGAUAUGAGGGAACAUUACAUGAAAACAGAACGAUUUAAGAUGGACGUGAUCAGUCUGAUGCCCCUGGACAUCUUGUACUUUUUUACAGGUGUUAAAUCCAUUCUGCGCUUCCCGCGUCUUUUAAAGUACAUGGCGUUCUUUGAAUUUAAUGAUCGUCUGGAGGCGGUAAUGAAAAAAGCCUACAUUUACAGAGUGAUCCGGACCAGCCUGUACCUGCUCUACUCGUUGCACUGCAACGCCUGUCUAUUCUACUGGGGCUCUGAUUAUGAAGGCCUCGGCUCUACUAAAUGGGUCUAUGAUGGCAGAGGCAACAGUUAUAUCCGCUGCUACUACUUUGCUGUAAAAACUCUGAUCACUAUCGGAGGUCUUCCAGAUCCCACGACAGUCUUCGAAAUUGUCUUUCAGCUGGUUAAUUAUUUUGUGGGUGUGUUCGCUUUCUCAAUUAUGAUUGGGCAGAUGAGAGAUGUAGUAGGAGCAGCCACUGCAGGUCCGGCGUACUACAGGUCAUGUGUGGACAGCACAGUGAAGUACAUGACCGCCUAUCGCAUCCCACGUGAGGUUCAGAACAGAGUCAAGACCUGGUAUGACUACACCUGGCAAUCACAAGGCAUGCUGGAUGAACAGGAGUUGCUCAUACAGCUGCCUGAUAAGAUGCGUCUGGACAUCGCCGUCGAUGUGAACUACACCAUUGUCAGCAAAGUGGCCCUUUUCCAGGGUUGUGACAGACAGAUGAUAUUUGACAUGUUGAAGAGUCUGAAGUCUGUGGUCUACCUCCCAGGAGACUAUGUUUGUAAGAAGGGUGAGAUCGGCAGGGAGAUGUACAUCAUUAAAGCAGGAGAGGUGCAGGUAGUUGGAGGCCCUGACGGUAAAACAGUGUUUGUGACUUUAAGGGCCGGAUCUGUGUUCGGGGAAAUCAGCUUGUUGGCUGUAGGUGGAGGAAACAGGCGCACUGCUAAUGUUGUGGCACAUGGCUUUGCCAACCUCUUCAUCCUGGAUAAGAAGGACCUCUCUGAGAUCAUGGUGCACUACCCUGAGUCGCAAAAAAUACUGCGCAAGAAGGCCAAGAAGAUGCUAACAAAGGAUAAAAAACCUGAAGAAGAGAAAGGGUCGGGUAAGGAAUCUGGUCAGGUGAUCUCAACACGUCAAGAGACUCCCAAACUGUUUAAAGCCGCCCUGAAGGUGGGAAAAGGAGAAGCGUUCGCUAAAUUGAAGGAGACCUACAAAGACACUGGAGCCACACUACAGCCUUCAGACAGUACAGCGGCAUCCACUGCAGCAGCGCCUGUGCCUCCUCCUUCACCCAUUCAUCGCCGCUCACCUAUCCAAUGCACGGUCACCCAGGACGACGCCGACGAAGACAUGGUUGCACAGACCACGGACAGCACGAUGAUCAUCCGCAUAACCCCACACCAACAUGGAGAGGAGAUCCUUAGUGUCGAAAUGGCAGAAGAAGAAGAUGGAAAGGCUGAGACGACUGACCAGGAGGAGAAGAAAGACAAAUAGAAACUUAAGAAGACAUCGGCUUGGGAAAUGACCUGAUAUAUUAUUAUGAUUUUACUAUUACAAAGAAAUAUUUUAAAUGAAUCCACAUGCAAAUGUGUGUUUGCUUUGUAGGCAGAAUUGGUAGUGGUUCAGUAAAGUCUGGCUUUAAGGAA